CAUCAAAGUUGCAUUCUCUGCACAUUGAUUCCCCUCUCUCUGUGUAAAAGCAAAAUCGAAUCCAUUGAACAAUACCCAGUAGUCCAUAUCCUGCACUUGAGCGCCAAUUACCGAUUUUCGGUGCAUCACUUCCAUCAAAAAGUUUGAUCUUUUUUUUGUUCUCCUUGCGCGAAAGGUGUCGCCUUUUUUUAUUUGAGCAAAUUUGCUACUAUUCAGAAGUUAAAAAAAUGAAUUCGAUUUUCUCUCGUAGAGUCGUCGUCGACUCAUAUUCGCGUAUCACCAAAUUGCUUGCGAACCCAGCAGCUCAUUCUCACCCGAAUCAUCACUCCUUCACUUCGCUCUACAGACCGAACCAGAACCGCCAUUUUCGGACCCACUAUCUUCCUCCGAGCCCGUCUUCUCCUCCCGCGAGCCGCUUUGACCCUUCUCUGCUAUGGCGAUCGGAGAAAAUCCGUGGGUUUUUCACGAGCGCUUUAGGGAACAAAGCCGCGAAAUUGGGAAAUCUCGUGGAAUCCAGAGUGUGGUUCGUCGGUUCUCAAUUUCCCAAAAGGGGUUUCCAAUUCGAGAGGUUCUCUGGGUUUCAAAGGCGUGGAUGGAACCAUUGGCUUCAAGGACUAUCAGCUAGCGACGUUGUUCUUGGAUUAGUAAUAGCUAAUGCUGCUGUGUUUACGAUGUGGCGAGUUUUCGACGAACGAUUCAUGAUGAAUAAUUUCAUGAUAUCGCUGGACAAUUUCACGAGUGGACGUGUACACACCCUGAUAACUUCAGCAUUCAGUCAUAUUGAUGUUGGACAUAUAAUCUCAAACAUGAUCGGACUCUACUUCUUUGGAACCAGUAUCGCAAGAAACUUUGGCCCUCAAUUCCUUUUGAAGCUGUACCUUGCUGGAGCGCUUGGUGGCUCUGUUUUCUACUUGAUUCACCAUGCUUUUCUGGCUGCGUCGUCACCCAAGGGCCAAGGAGCUUUCGGGAGGGAUCCAUCGAGAACUCCGGGACUGGGUGCUAGUGGUGCCGUGAAUGCCAUCAUGCUGCUCGAUAUCUUUCUUCACCCAACAGCUACUCUAUACUUUGAAUUUAUCAUUCCAGUUCCUGCAAUGCUGCUUGGAGUCUUCCUGAUAGGCAAAGACAUUUUAAGGAUAACAGAGGGGAACAGUAACAUCUCAGGCUCGGCUCAUUUGGGAGGAGCUGCAGUUGCAGCCAUUGCUUGGGCUCGGAUUAGGAGAGGUCGCUUCCGUUUCUAAACCUUUCGACCUGACCUUGCUUGGUUCUGGUCAUCUUAGAGAAGAAACGUCUCUUCAAAUGACUUAGCAACUUUGAGACCAUAUUGUGGCUCAAGAUUAUUAGAUUUUCCUGUUUCUAUUUAUCCAAAUUCCAAACAAAUUUGGUCUGUCUUUAGUCUGAUCCACCUUGAAAGAACAAUCUUAGUUUGUUAAUGUAGUUUUUUUUGUGCCG